UUCUUCUAAAUCUUCUAAAAAACAAUGUGGUGCAUUGGACUCAGCAAUCAGAGGAUUUGCAACCUGACAUGAGAGUAGUUGAUGAACUUACUAAAACAGAAAUAUUAUUUGGAGAAAAUCAGCAGCCCCCUCAAGACGAAUUGCAAACUUAA